AGAGAGAGAGAGAGAGCGAGAAAGAGAAGGAGAGAGAGAGAGAGGUAGGUAGGUAAAGAAAGCAGAGUGGGAGACAUAUCGCUCCAGAGAUAGGAUGAAAGGAGAGUGAGAGGAAAAGAAAGGAGGAGGGAGCAAGAAAGAGGCAGAGUGAGUGGUAGUGAGAGAGUGGGAGAAAACAAGGUAAACGAGAAGGAAAAAGAGGGAGAAAGCAAAAUGGUGUGUUUCUGUAGGAGGAUGACAGUGUUCACUUCCUGGUCGAUGGGAUGAAGUGAACACACAGUACGGAGAGAUGAAUACGGGCUGAGAGGACAAAGAAACAUAAACACCAAAGGAAACAUUGCGCCUGUGUUUCCCACCACACCAGCGCUAGCCAUCCUCUACAGGGAAGAGUCAGACCCAGGAAAGCAGCACAGCACUCAGUAAUGGAGAUGGAAACAUUGACAAUACCGACCUGGGGUCAAGAGUAUAACACCCAUUCCCAGUACCUCUUCAACAGCUUACGUUAAAGCUGCCAGGACAUCUCUUCUGCCCUCACCUAUGCCCAGAGACCAUGGGAAGUGUCAGCAGCUUCAUCUCAGGUUCCAGUCUCCACAGCAAGCACCGUCAGGCCACGGAGUACAAACUAAAGAAGGCAGGCCAUCCCCGGAAAACGGGCCGGAGCCUGGAUGGCCUACUGAAGUACAGCUUUGCUCAGGGGUCUUCCAACCACACCACUAAAGACAUCUCUCAGGCAGCCAGAAGUGAGGACUUAUUUUACUUAAAGGUGAGCCAGAAGUCGCGGGUGACUCACCGCAGAGGCGUCCCAACAGAAGAUCGUGUAGGAGAGGGACAUUCUACUGAUAUGGAACCAGACGGUAGAGAGACACCUAAACUGCUGCCUAUGUCUGGGAAACUGGAGAAGAAUAUGGACAAGGCUUUGAUCCGGCCCACAGCCUUCAAGCCAGUCAUCCCCAGGAGCACCUCUUCCACAGAGACUCACAACAAUCUCACCCACCUCCUUAGUCCCCCAGAGAAAACCAGAGACUCCCAGGAGCCCCAACAGGACACAUUUUCAGGGACCCUCUCAGACUCUGGGCAGGAUUCAAUGUCCAGCCUGCCUACUCACAGCACCAGUGGGAGCCACAGUGCUUCCACAGGCCCAUUGACUCAGUGUGCAGGAGGCACAGCCCAUGGCAUGACCCAUCCCCAGCAGCCCCCCUUCUCUACAUGGACCAACGGAAAUGGCAUAAGUGCCAGUGCCAGGGUCGCAGCUCUAAGCAAUGGAGGGGCAGAGAAGGCUAACAGGGACACCAUCUCCCUCCCCUCACCUCAGCAGCCUAGCCCUCUCUUGGAGGAGAUGGGGGGCUGUAAUCGCUCACCCAUCUCCACAGAUGAGUCCCUAAUUGAGCUGCUGGAGCAGAGGCUGCUGGAGAGUGAGACAGAGCUGCAGGAGCUACAGGUGAGCUUUGAGGAGAAAGAGGUGGACACGUGCCAGCUGUUUGAGGAGAAGCAGAGGUAUUGUGUUGAGGAGAUGGAGGGCCUGAAGCAGAGGUGCUCCACCAAGCUCAGGCAGGUCUCCCAGAGGGCCGUGAAGAACCACCAGGCCUUGCAGCUGAAGGUCAGCCAGCUGCAACAGGACAACCAGAGGCUCCAGGACGAGCUGGUCCAGAUGACCCAGGAGAAGGACCUGAUAGAGGUCAAACUGAUGUCGUUUGAGAUGGAGAAGAACCAACUAGACCCCACCUUAGAGGAGACCCAGUGGGAGGUAUGCCAAAAGGCUGGGGAGAUCUCACUGCUGAAGCAGCAACUCAGGGACUCCCAGGCUUGUGUCACUCACAAGCUGAAUGACAUCGUCAGCCUCAAGGCCUCACUGAAGGAGACCCGGUCCAAAAUGGAGGCACUGGAAAAGCAGAACAAAUUGCAAGAGGAAAAGAUAUGCUCUCGCAGUGUGGAUGUGGAGGUAUGCCAAAAUGAGCUCCAGCGCAAGAAGAAUGAGGCUGAUCUACUAAGAGCAAAGGUGGACAUACUGGAGACAGACAUCAAUGAAAUGAAAAAGGACCUGGCCCUGGCAAAAGAACAUAGGCAGCAGCAAAAGGCCAAACUGGAGGCCCAGGAGAGGUCAGACCAGAGUGGGGGCACUGGAGGGAGCAUGAGCACUGACUCCCUGCAGAGAGAGGUGAAGAAACUGAAAGUUGAGCUCAGGGAAGAGAGAGAGACUCAGGAGAGGCUGUCGAACAGCUUUGAGCAUGAGAGACAGACGUGGAACAGGGAGAAGGACAGAGUCAUCAAGUACCAGAAGCAGCUUCAGCUCAACUAUCUGCAGAUGCACAAGAAGAACCAAGAUCUGAAGAGGAUCCUGCAGGAGCUCACAGCAGAGCUGGAGAGUCGACCGGAGUUUGAAGUGGACAUCCACAGCUCAGGGUUACACUAUGAGGAUAUUAUCGCCACAGAAAUGUGAGGGAGAAACCCACAGAGAAUAGUAAUAACGAUGCUCAAAUGUUCUGCUGCAGGAUAUGAUAGAAUUGCGGUCAGGUUUGGAUAUUUUUUAAUAAAAAUCCUUCAUUCUCUGUGACUGUGUAAAUCAGGCUUUAAAGGGCACAUCCGGAGUUCAAACAAUAACAAAUAACAAAACAGCUAAUGGGAUGGGGCUUGAGAACUAUAACUACACUCAAAUUCAUAGACAGAGCUAUGGAUGCAAUGACUGAUCAUCCAUGAGAUCAAAAUUAUAGAUUUAACUGUGUUUUGAAGCUAUACAGUGUUUGUUUACAUUGUCUUUGUAUACAAACAUUUUAGGUUCUACUGAGGUAAGAGAGUUGAACUAAGCUCUUUAAGCAUUUAUGAGUUAUAUUAUUUAAGAUUCAAUGGCUAUAUCAUCAAUUUAGUCCAAAAAUGGAUGCAGCAACUCCAGAUGGUCCUUUAAGCUUUUGUUAUCCAUAAGUGUGGUUUCCCAGAAACAGAUUAAAAAUAUUUUUUGAUGAACAUUCUCCAUUGAGCCUGCUUCUUAGUCCAGGACUAGGCUUAAUCUAUUUCCAGGAAACCACCCCAUAAUGAAACCACCUUAUAAUGUUAAAUUGACAGUAGCCUAGAAAGCCUACGAAAUGGUUAUUCCUCUUGAGAAGUUUCCUAGCAUUGUAGUGAAUUGGGGCAUUCUUUCUGUAUGUGUCAAGUCCUACAUAAGAUGUUGUAAGCUCCACAACAACCACUGAGACACAGCAAUAUGAUGUGAUGUGUUUUUAUUUAACCUUUUUGAUCACGAUCACCACUGUGGCCAGAGAUAUUGCAGAGAGAAUGAGGCAAGAGGCUGCCCUCGUCAGCGCCAACACAGAUACUGGCAUCUGCACAUGUGUAUGGGAGUUCACAUCUCUCCUGUAGCAUAAUACAGUAGCUGCAUGGCAACAAAUGCGGAGGCGUGCAGCCUCUCGCUUCACACAGUCUUUGUUUUUGUUAAAGUCGCUUGCUCUUUGUGGUAACCAUAUACUGUAGCCCCGUCUACCUUUAAGUGUCAAAGCACUGGAUGUACUGUAUAUUUUGUGAAUAAUCAUUCAUAUUAUUUAUUGAUAUAAAGGAUACAAAAGUGGUAGUGAUUAGUGUUGAAAGGAACUAUGCACUUCCAUUUUAAGAGGGGUUAGAACAUGAUUCUCAAAGUGCAUCCCACACUACAGUCGUGGCCAAAAGUUUUGAGAAUGACACAAAUAUUAAUUUUCACAAAGUUUGCUGCUUCAGUGUCUAGAUAUUUUUGUCAAAUGUUACUAUGGAAUACUGAAGUAUUAUUACAAACAUUUCAUAAGUGUCAAAGGCGUUUAUUGACAAUUGCAUGAAGUUGAUGCAAAGAGUCAAUAUUUGUAGUGUUGACCCUUCUUUUUCAAGCUCUCUGCAAUCCGUCCUGGCAUGCUGUCAGUUAACUUCUGGGCCACAUCCUGAAGGAUGGCAGACCAUUCUUGCAUAAUAAAUGCUUGGAGUUUGGGGAGUUUACUGGCCAUGGACCCAAAAUAUCAAUGUAUUGUUCCUCGAGCCACUUAGUUAUCACUUUUGCCUUAUGAUAAGGUGCUCCAUCAUGCUUGGAAAGGCAUUGUUCAUCACCAAACUGUUCCUGGAUGGUUGGGAGAAGUUGCUCUUGGAGGACGUGCUGGUACCAUUCUUUAUUCAUGGCUGUGUUCUUAGGCAAAAUUGUGAGUGAGCCCACUCCCUUGGCUGAGAAGCAACCCCACACAUGAAUGGUCUCGGGAUGCUUUACUUUUGGCAUGACACAGGACUGAUGGUAGCACUCACCUUGUCUUCUCCAGACAAGCUUUUUUCUGGAUGCCCCAAACAAUCGGAAAGGGGAUUCAUCAGAGAAAAUGACUUUACCCCAGUCCUCCGCAGUCCAAUCCCUGUACCUUUUGCAAAAUAUCAGUCUGUCCCUGAUGUUUUUCCUGGAGAGAAGUGGCUUCUCAGCUGCCCUUCUUGACACCAGGCCAUCCUCCAAAAGUCUUCGCCUCACUGUGCUUGCAGAUGCACUCACACCUGCCUGCUGCCAUUCCUGAGCAAGCUCUGUACUGGUGGUGCCCCGAUCCCGCAGCUGAAUCUUGGGUGCCCUAAAGCCUUCUUCACAACAAUUGAACCGCUCUCGUUCAAGUUCUUGAUGAUCCGAUAAAUGGUUGAUUUAGGUGCAAUCCUACUGGCAGCAAUAUCCUUGCCUGUGAAGCCCCUUUUGUGCAAAGCAAUGAUGACGGCACGUGUUUCCUUGCAGGUAACCAUGGCUGACAGAGGAAGAAAAAUGAUUCCAAGCACCACCCUCCUUUUGAAGCUUCCAGUCAGUUAUUCAAACUCAAUCAUCAUGACAGAGUGAUCUCCAGCCGUGUCCUCGUCAACACUCACACCUGUGUUAAAGAGAGAAUCAAUGACAUAAUGUUAGCUGGUCCUUUUGUGGCAGGGCUGAAAUGUAGUGGAAAUGUUUUUUGGGGAUUCAGUUCGUUUGCAUGGCAAAGGGGGACUUUGCAAUUAAUUGCAAUUCAUCUGAUCACUCUUCAUAACAUUCUGGAGUAUAUGCAAAUUACCAUCAUACAAACUGAGGCAGCAGACUUUGUGAAAAUGUAUAUUUGUGGUAUUCUCUUCUCUUCUUAUUCUUUUGUCCACGACUGUACACUGAGAAUGUCUCACUGGUAAUGAUAUCUCAAAGAUGUACAACUUAGCUUUGGAGCUGAUCACUUGAAAACAAAUUCCGUCUGAGAAUAUCUAACAUGUACUGUAUCUAUUGGUAUAUUUAUGAUACAUACACAGAGACAUGUUUUUCAAAUCUGACAAUAAAUGUAGAUGUAUAGAUAGGUAUAUGUAUAUAAAUAGAUGUACACUACAAAAUCAACAGUGUGGCUUUUCAUAACAUCUCUAUCAUUGUAAAAUGAUUUGUCUACUUGAUAUAUUAAACAUUUUCUCUUCCUCGUA